AUGUCACACCUGGCAAAUGGUAUUGAAGUUGGUGGUCAGGGAGGAAGUCCCUUCGAUUUUAAUGGCAUUAAAACUGGAAGCACGCUGAAAACGAUCCAGGUUUGGGAAGGUGACUAUAAGAUAAAAGCCAUGAAGGUGUGGCUUACUGAUGACCGGUCCGAGCAGUUUGGUGAUCCUGCUGGGAUUCUGAAAGAGUUUGCAUUUGAAGAUGGAGAGCAUUUCACCUCCCUUUCACUUUGGCCCAAUCAAGAUGGUACACGUCUGGGUGCAAUCAAAUUCAAGACAAGUCACUCCCGAGAGUUCUAUGCAAGAUUGACAACUCGUAGACUUAAACCAGAAGUUCCAGUUGAUGUUGCUUCUGGGAUCUGCAUGGGGAUCAAAGGACGUUCAGGGGCUGAUAUUGAUUGCUUAGGCUUUAUGUUCAUGAAAACCAUCAAGUCUGCUCAUCUUACUAAUGUUGUGUAUCCCACCAUUCAUGAUGUGAUACCCAAAGUGGCUGUUGGAGAAAUCAAAUCCAUGUCCUACCAGAACAACUCUUCUGUAACUCAAGAAUACAAAAUUGAGACCAACAAAAAAAUCAUCCAAAAAUCCUCCUGGUCUGUUAAGGGCAAUCUGGGAAUCACAUUCAGCCUGGAAGUAGAUGCAGGAAUUCCAUGUCUUGCAGAGGGGAAAUCAAGAUAUGAAUUAACUGUUGGACUUGAAGGUACAUAUGCUUCAGAGAACAGUACAGAGAAAUUGGAGCUCUUCUCAUUUCCUGUUAAAGUUCCUGCAGGUAAUACCGUGGAUGUGCGUGUCACACUUGGCCAGGCUACAGUUGAUCUCCCAUUCACUGGCAUCAUGAAGAUUACCUGCCAUAAUGGCAGCGUGCUGGAGUGUAAAACCAGUGGAACCUACAAGGGUGUCGCUUACUCUGAUGGAAAAGUGGUUGUGAAUGAAUCAAAGAAAUAGCUUGGUGCAGCCUAACAAGCUUUGAAUUCAAUUCUAUAAAUAUUUUAACUACAAAAUGUGUACUCAUAUUAGAUGUUUAAUGUUUAAUAAUCAAUGUUACAGAUGUAUGGGACAUAUUUAGUGCAUUAUGUAUCACUGUACUCAGUAUCUCAGUAAAGUUUUUGCUGACUGGAGCUGUGUGUGGAACACUGGAGUCCAGCUGUGACUUAUAUGAUCUUGCAUGUUCAUGUUUGUCCUGCAUUUGGUGGAAUGGGUGAUUUUUUUUUAGUUGAUUUU